UUCACUUCUCUUUUCUCUGAAUGUGUCAUUUGUGCAAAAGCGCCUCAUACAAUGAGGAUUAUAAUCUGGAUUUUUGCGCCCGUUUUCCUGUUCACUAGCAUUUUUGCACAAAGACGAAGACCAGUGUUUACGUGCGGUGGGAACUUUACUGGAGACACGGGACUGAUCGGGAGUCAGGGGUAUCCCGGCGUAUACCCACCCAACAUCAAAUGUUUGUGGAGAAUUACAGUCCCUCAGGGGAGGGUGGUCUCCCUCUUGUUUCGAGUUCUGGACCUUGAGAGUGAUCAUCUUUGCAGAUAUGAUUAUGUUGACAUAUACGAUGGCCACAUCAAUGGUCAGCGUCUCGGCCGCUUCUGUGGGACUGCAAGACCUGGCAGAUUGGUCACCAAUGGAAACAAGAUGCAAGUGGUCAUGGUGUCGGAUGCCAACACGGCUGGGAGUGGUUUCCUAGCUGCAUACUCAGCGAUUGACCCAAAUGAAAGAGGUGAUCGGUAUUGUGGGGGUCAUUUGGACAAACCUGUUGGGACGAUAAAGACCCCUAACUGGCCGGAUAGGGACUACCCUCCAGGAGUAACGUGUCUCUGGCAUAUUGUUGCCCCUCAAGACCAGAUCAUUGAGCUAAAGUUUGAGAAGUUUGAUGUGGAGAGAGACAGCUACUGCCGUUAUGACCAUUUGGCUGUGUUUAAUGGGGGAGAAAUUAAUGAGUCACAGAAGAUCGGCAAAUUCUGUGGAGACAGCCCACCCGUCCCUGUUUAUUCUGCUGACAAUCAUCUCCUUGUCAUGUUUAUUUCCGAUCUGAGUCUGACUGCAGAUGGAUUUAUUGGUCAUUACCAGUUUAAACAGAGGAGCCUUAGCACAGUCAGCGCUCCCCUCACUCCUGCCAGCACCUCCCCAUCCACCACACGACCCAUGGCUCUUACUUAUUCUGAAGAUCUUUGCAAGCAGAAAUGCAAAAGGACUGGAACAAUUGAAAGUCAUUACUGUUUGAGUAACUUCGUGAUUACCGCCACCCUUAUCUCAGCCGCCAUGAGGGACCAGAGCAUCCUCGCCACUUUCUCCAUUAUGCACCUUUAUAAGGAAGGAAGUUUAGCCAUCCAGCAGGCUGGAAAAACCAUGAGCACCAAAGUCACGGUCCUCUGUAAAAACUGUCCUCUGGUCAGAAGAGGGCUGAACUACAUUGUCAUGGGACAGACCAAUGAUCAGGGACACGGUGUCAUAUCGCCCCUUAACUUUGUCAUGGCUUUUAAAACCAAGAAGCAGAGAGAUCUUGGAGUGUUGAAGAACAUACACUGCUGAUGUGCAGAGCACCCACCGUCCGGAACGUUUCAUGUGUGUGGAAUGGAUACACUAAAGACUCUAUAUUUCAUUUAGCACUUUUACAUGGUGCAAUGAUUUAAGAAACUAUGUUUUACUAGGGGCUUAUUUAUAUUUUAAAGAGUAAGAAAUGUGUUUUUGAAAUCUUUGGACAAUGACCCUCAGAUGAGAUCAACUGUUUAUGAGGACUAAGUCUUAAUGGACAGUUUAAGGGUCAUUUAAUAAUUGAUUUGAUCCUGUUUGAAUUGAAAUUCCCAACCAUUGCAUUGUUACUGCAUAUUGCAACAUUCAUUCACAACUGCAACAUUCAUUGUUUUAAUAUUUCAAAUGCAAAAUUGGCUCAUUGCACCACAUGGGUUUAAUAAUAA